AUGUCCUGUGCCGCACUGGCUGGAUCGAGCUACAUUCAUGGACAAUAUGAAUUUAUCUUCAAUGGCUAUGAUUAUCUUGCACUAAAUGAGGACCUGAGUUCUUGGACUGCAGUGGGCAAGGCAGCUGAGAUUCUGCACCAAGAGUGGGAGAAGGCAGGUUAUGCAGAAUAUUGGAAGUAUUUCCUGGAGGGCAAUUGUUUGAAUUCACUCCGCUCACAGCUGAAGUACGGAAAGGAAUUUUUGCUGAGAACAGGUACCCUGAAAUUACACAUGACCCAUAAGGUCAGAGCUGAUGGGAAUAUCACUCUAAGGUGCUGGGCCCUGAACUUCUACCCUACUGAGAUCACCCUGACCUGGCAGAAGGAUGGGAGCAACCAGAAUCUGGACAUGGAGGGGAUAGAGACCAGGCCUUCAGGGGAUGGGACCUUCCAGAAGUGGGCAGCUGUGGUGGUGCCUCCUGGGGAGGAGCAGAGAUACACAUGCCAUGUGCAGCAUGAAGGGCUGCCUGAGCCCCUCACCCUGAGAUGGGAGCCUCCUCAGGCCUCUGUCCCCAUCAUGCCAAUUGUUACUGGCCUGGUUCUUGGAGCUGUGCUAAUGGGAGCUGUGGUGACUUUUCUGAUAUGGAAGAAGAGGAAUAAAGGCAAGAAAAGGGCAGGGCAGGAUGAUGUGAUCUACCGUCACAGUUCUGGAAAUUUCCCUGAGAUAAACCUCUGA